GUUAUCGAUGUUUCAAAAAUAUCAAUGCAUCGUUUGCAUCCCUACUAAUAAAUCUUCGACCUGCACCCGGUUUCCAACAUUCUCUAUCGCUAAAACUCCAACGCCAAAAAGUGCUAAAUGAAUAUUAGCAAUUUUCAGCGAUUUUCGCGAUUCUAUCAUGAAAAUGCAACUCUAAAAAUCGCCAUUUUUGGUUCAUUUUUUUACAGAUCUUAGAGAUGAACAAAAUGAACCCGGAUAAGGUGAAUGAACUGUUUUUGGCAGCUCAUACAGCUAAAAUGGCGAUUCCAGCGUUUUUUCCAUCGCCAAAAAUACUUAUUUUUCGCUUAAAAGCCUGCAAAUUUGACGACGACAAAAAUUCGGUGCUAAAAAAGUAAAUCAACAAAAAAUAGUAAAAAUGGAAAACGGCAACCGUAGAAGGGUGACAAAGGAGCAAAAAUGUAUGCUUGUUCAAUAUUUGGAAGAACACAGGGAAUUUGCUCAUGACAGAUUGCAAAAGUUUGCUGGAGCAGUGGAACCAUCUUGCCCAGAAACUAAACGCGUGUGGAGGAGCCAUUAAAGACGGUGAAGGAUGGAAAAGAGCGUGGGGAUAUAUGAGGAGCAAGGCCAAACAAAAAUCGCAAGAUUUGAGAAAUUCUAUUCAGCGAAGCGGAGUAAAUUCGUCUAUUACUGCGAAGUAUCUGAGUAACCUCGAUGAGCGCAUCAUUGGCGUUAUGACCACAGUUACAGUUGUCGGUCAAACGGAAGUUGGCGAGCCACUGAGAAGUAGCGGCGCAGUAACUUCCGUGGAAAUAUUUGACGCUCCUGCGGACCACCUUGACAUAGAGAUUCUUGAGGAAAGUAUGGAGGAACCGCUCACAUUAAAUAUGGUCCCUGAGGAUCUACUGCCACCACAACAUCGCGCUCCGAAACGGAGAAAUUGCUCCUUAGAAGAGGCAAAUACGAAAAUGAUAGCCAUUGAAGAACACAGACUUGUCCUGGCCGAAAGGAAAAUUACCGCGCUGGAAAACAGGAAUUCCAUCGAAGAGAGAAAGGCUGACGCUUUGGAGCAAACCAAUGCAAUAUUGUCCAACAUUUUCCAUAAAUUGGACGAUUGGGCAAAAAUGAGUGCCCAAGCUGCAUAUUAAUGUUUUUUUUUUUAAAUAUAUUUUUCACUCAAGCUUUAGGACAGCGUAGUGAUUUUUAAUUUUGUUUUGUAGAUUAGGUAUUUAAGCUGUAGGUUAAUUUUUUGAAGCUGUAGAAUAGCGCUGUAAUUUUUAAAUUUGUUUUUAGAUUAAGUAUUUAAGCUGUAGUGAAAGGUUUAAAGCUGUAGGGCAGCGCUGUAAAUUUUCUUGUAAAUAAAUUAGGUAUUUAAGCUGUAGGUUAAGUUUUUGAAGGUGUAGAACAGCCUUGUGAUUUUAUAUAUUGAACAACGUAAGUUACUAAAAACACCAUUUUGAAUUUUGGUGCUAUUCCUUUUUUCUUCACAUUCAAGACUGAUAUUUUAUUGAGAAAAUAAUUGAAUUAUUAUAGCGAUUAGAACAAUUUUAUUUUUGGGUUUAUUAUGGCAUCCAAUUUCGUAAAUUAAAAGAAAUUAUUAACUACAUGUUGUCUCGCAGAUAUGCCUUGAGGAGAUAUUUCUCCCUCACUGCCUUCAUAAAAAAUUUCAUUUUCACUUGACAUUUGAAUAUUUUCUAAUUCUCCACUGAUAUUAUUCAUAAUCAUAAUAUUAUGCAAAAUAAUGCAUGAAUUAAUUAUUUUUCCUGCUACGAUGGGGUCAUACAUUAACACUCUCUCUCUCUUAGAAGGCAACGAAAUCUCAAUUUGGGCACUCCAAAGCAGCGUUCAACGCAUUUCCUGGUUUUUCUUUGCCAUCUAUUAUAGUUUUCCUCCGAUUGAGAUAGAUUUUUACCCUGAAUUGGAGUCAUUAAGAAAGGAAGCUGCGGCUAUCCACUGUCACCUGUAUAUAAAAUAUAUGGAACCUAAGUACAAGCAGAAAUAAUAAAAUAGUAAAUAACUUCACCUAACAACCAAAAAUUUCGUUUACCAUUUGAGUAUUUAUUAUCCAACGGAACCUUAAGUGCACUCGCUCUCCAUACUGAAGCAUCGUGAGCAAUUCCACCGAAUCUCGCAUUACAAUCUAAUAUUUUUAAAUUGAA